GACGUCCGCGGAGAGAUGGCUGUGCGCGCGGCCUGGCGCUCCCUCCUGCCCCUGUGGCUCCUCUGGGGCGCUGCCUGCUCCCUCGCGGCGUCCGGCGACGACGGCGCUUUCCCCCUUGACCUUGAAGGGAGCUCCAGAUGUGACCCUGGCUUCUUUCGUGCCCGAUCAGGAGAAUGCCAUCCCUGUGACUGCAAUGGCAACUCUCAUGAGUGCUUAGAUGGCUCUGGACUCUGUGUGCACUGCCAGCGGAACACGACAGGAGAGCACUGUGACAAAUGCCUGGAUGGUUAUAUUGGCGACUCUAUCAGGGGAGCCCCUCGGUUUUGCCAGCCAUGUCCUUGUCCCCUGCCCCACUUGGCCAAUUUUGCAGAAUCCUGCUAUAGAAAAAAUGGAGCCGUUCGGUGUAUUUGUAAAGAAAACUAUGCUGGACCUAACUGUGAAAGAUGUGCUCCUGGUUACUAUGGAAACCCUUUACUCAUCGGAAGCACCUGUAGAAAAUGCGACUGCAGUGGCAAUUCAGAUCCCAACCUGAUCUUUGAAGACUGUGAUGAAGUCACGGGUCAGUGUAGGAACUGCUUGCGGAACACUACCGGAUUCAAGUGUGAACGCUGUGCUCCUGGCUACUAUGGGGAUGCCAGGAUAGCCAAGAACUGUGCAGUGUGCAACUGCGGGGGAGGCCCAUGUGACAGCGUAACCGGAGAAUGCUUGGAAGAAGGUUUUGAACCCCCUACAGGCAUGGACUGCCCAACCAUAAGCUGUGACAAGUGCGUCUGGGAUCUGACCGAUGACCUGCGGCUAGCUGCGCUCUCCAUCGAGGAGGGCAAAUCCGGAGUGCUGAGUGUGUCAUCAGGGGCCGCCGCCCACAGGCACGUGAGCGAGAUCAACACCACCAUCUACCUCCUCAAGACAAAAUUGUCAGAAAGAGAAAACCAGUAUGUCCUAAGAAAGAUACAAAUCAACAAUGCGGAGAACACGAUGAAAAGCCUUCUGGCUGACGUAGAGGAUUUAGCUGAGAAGGAAAAUCAAGCCUCAAGAAAGGGGCAGCUGGUUCAGAAGGAAAGCAUGGACACCAUCGACCAUGCCACUCAGCUUGUCGAGCAAGCCCACGAGAUGAGGGAUAAAAUCCAAGAGAUCAACAACAAGAUGCUCUAUUACGGGGAGGAGCAGGAACUUAGCCCUGAGGAAAUCUCUGAGAAGUUGGUGUUGGCCCAGAAAAUGCUUGAGGAGAUCAGACGCCGUGAACCAUUCCUCACCCAGCGGGAGCUUGUAGAUGAGGAGGCUGAUGAGGCCCACGAAUUGCUCAGCCAGGCCGAGAGUUGGCAGCGGCUGCACAACGAGACUCGCGCCCUGUUUCCCGUCGUCCUGGAGCAGCUGGACGACUACAAUGCCAAGUUGUCAGACCUCCAGGAGUCACUCGACCAGGCCCUCAACCGCGUCAGGGAUGCUGAGGACAUGAACAGGGCCACAGCGGCCAGGCAACGGGACCACGAGAAACAGCAUGAAAGACUGAGGGAACAGGCAGAGGUGGUAAACGCUUCUCUGAGCACAUCUGUGGAUUCUCUGACAACGCCUCGUCUGACUCUUUCGGAACUUGAUGAUAUAAUAAGGAAUGCAUCAGGGAUUUAUGCAGAAAUAGAUGGAGCCAAAAAUGAACUACAAGGAAAACUAUCUAACCUAAGUAACCUCAGUCAUGAUUUAGUCCGAGAAGCCAUUGAUCAUGCACAGAACCUUCAGCAAGAAGCUGACGAGUUGAGCAGGAAUUUGCACAGUUCAGAUAUGAAUGGGCUGGUACAGAAGGCCUUGGAUGCGUCAAAUGUCUAUGAAAAUAUCGUCAAUUAUGUAAGUGAAGCCAAUGAAACGGCAGAAUUUGCUCUGAACAUCACUGACCGAAUUUACGAUGCUGUGAGUGGAAUUGAUACUCAAAUCAUUUACCAUAAAGAUGAAAGCGAGAACCUUCUCAAUCAAGCCAGAGAACUGCAAGCAAAGGCAGAUUCUAGCAAUGAUGAGGCGGUGGGUGACACCAGCAAGCGUGUAGGAGGAGCCCUGGGGAGGAAAGGUGCCCUUAAAAACAGACUAAAUGAUGCUGUUAAGCAGCUGCAAGCAGCAGAGAGAGGUGACGCGCAGCAGCGCCUGGGUCAGUCCAAGCUGCUCACCGCAGAGGCCAACAAGACAACAAUGGCGGUGCAGCAGGCCGCCGCCCCGAUGAUCCACAGUCUCACCAACUGGUCACAGAAUCUCCAAAACUUUGACUCUUCGGCUUACAACACUGCAGUGGACUCCGCGAGAGAUGCAGUAAAGAAUCUGACAGAGGUCAUGCCUCAGCUCCUGCAUCAGCUCCGCACAGUCGAGCAGAAGCGGCCUGCAAGCAAUGUGUCUGCCAGCAUCCAGAGGAUCCGAGAGCUCAUCGCUCAGACCAGAAGCGUCGCCAGCAAGAUCCAAGUUUCCAUGAUGUUUGAUGGCCAGUCAGCCGUUGAAGUGCACCCCAGAACCAGUGUGGACGAUUUGAAGGCGUUCACCUCUCUGAGUCUGUACAUGAAGCCUCCAGUAAAGCAACCAGAAGCGGCUGGUACUGCAGACCAGUUUAUCCUGUAUCUUGGAAGCAAAAACGCCAAAAAAGAAUACAUGGGUCUCGCAAUCAAAAAUGAUAACCUAGUCUACGUCUAUAACUUGGGGACGAAAGACGUGGAGAUUCCCCUCGACUCCAGGCCCGUCAGUUCCUGGCCUGCUCACUUCAGCAUUGUCAAGAUCGAAAGGGUAGGGAAACAUGGAAAGGUGUUUUUAACAGUCCCAAGUCUAAGCAGCACAGCUGAGGAGAAGUUUAUCAAAAAGGGGGAAUUUCCAGGAGAUGACUCCUUGCUGGAUCUGGACCCCGAGGACACGGUGUUUUAUGUCGGUGGGGUGCCUUCAAACUUCAAGCUCCCUGCCAGCUUAAACCUGCCUGGCUUCAUUGGCUGUCUGGAACUGGCCACCUUGAACAACGAUGUAAUCAGCUUGUACAACUUUAAGCACAUUUAUAAUAUGGACCCCUCCAAGUCAGUGCCCUGUGCCAGGGACAAACUGGCCUUCACUCAGAGUCGGGCCGCCAGUUACUUCUUUGACGGCUCCAGUUACGCCGUGGUGAGGGACAUCACCAGAAGAGGGAAGUUUGGUCAGGUGACUCGCUUUGACAUUGAAGUUCGAACACCAGCUGACAAUGGCCUCAUCCUCCUGAUGGUGAAUGGGAGCAUGUUUUUCAGCCUGGAAAUGCGGAGUGGUUACCUGCAUGUGUUCUAUGACUUUGGAUUCAGCAAUGGCCCUGUGCAUCUUGAAGACACGUUGAAGAAAGCUCUAAUUAAUGAUGCCAAAUACCAUGAGAUAUCUAUCAUUUACCACAAUGAUAAGAAAAUGAUCUUGGUAGUUGACAGACGACACGUCAAGAGCAUGGACAAUGAAAAGAUGAAGAUACCUUUUACAGAUAUCUACAUUGGAGGGGCUCCCCCGGAACUCUUACAGUCCAGAACCCUGAGAGCACACCUUCCCCUAGAUAUCAACUUCAGAGGAUGCAUGAAGGGUUUCCAGUUCCAAAAGAAAGACUUCAAUUUGCUAGAGCAACCAGAAACCCUGGGAGUUGGUUAUGGAUGCCCAGAAGACUCUCUUAUAUCCCGCAGAGCAUAUUUCAACGGGCAGAGUUUCAUUGCUUCAGUUCAGAAAAUAUCUUUCUUUGAUGGCUUUGAAGGAGGGUUUAAUUUCCGAACACUACAGCCAAAUGGGUUACUAUUCUAUUAUGCCUCAGGGCCAGAUGUGUUCUCCAUUUCCCUGGAUAAUGGUACCGUCAUCAUGGAUGUAAAGGGAAUCAAAGUGAAGUCGGCAGAGAAGCAGUACCAUGACGGGCUGUCUCACUUCAUCAUCACCUCUGUCUCACCCACAAGAUAUGAACUGAUAGUGGAUAAAAGCCGACUGGGGAGCAAAAAUCCGACCAAAGGGAAGGCGGACCAGGCACCAACUGGUGAACAGAAGUUCUACUUCGGAGGCUCACCCAUCAGCACCCCGUACGCUAACUUCACCGGUUGCAUAAGUAAUGCCUACUUUACCAGGUUGGACAGAGAUGUGGAGGUGGAAGACUUUCAGCGGUACUCCGAGAAGGUCCACACUUCUCUUUACGAGUGUCCCAUUGAGUCUUCACCAUUGUUUCUCCUUCACAAAAAAGGGAAAAAUGUCUCAAAGCCCAAAAUGAGUCAGAAUAAAAAGGGAGAGAAAAGUAAAGACGCGCCUUUUGGGGAUCCUGUGGGCCUGAAAUUCCCAGAGUGGAACACUCCAAGAGACUCUCACUGCCACCUUUCCCACAGCCCCAGAGCCAUUGAGCACGCCUAUCAGUAUGGGGGGACGGCCAACAGCCGCCAGGAGUUUGAGCACUUGAGAGGAGAUUUCGGUGAAAAAUCUCAGUUUUCCAUUCGUCUGAAAACUCGUUCCUCUCAUGGGAUGAUUUUCUAUGUCUCAGAUCAAGAAGAGAAUGACUUCAUGACUCUAUUUUUGGCCCAUGGCCGCUUGGUUUUCAUGUUUAAUGUUGGCCACAAGAAACUGAAGAUUAGAAGCCAGGAGAAAUACAAUGAUGGACUGUGGCAUGAUGUGAUAUUUAUUCGGGAAAAGAGCAGUGGCCGACUGGUAAUUGAUGGUCUUCGAGUCCUAGAAGAAAGCCUUCCUCCUACCACAGCUACCUGGAAAAUCAAGGGACCCAUUUAUUUGGGAGGUGUGGCCCCCGGGAGGGCUGUGAAAAAUAUCCAGAUUAAUUCAGUUUACAGCUUCAGCGGCUGCCUCGGCAAUCUCCAGCUCAAUGGCGCCUCUAUCAGCUCUGUUUCGCAGACGUUCAGCGUGACCCCCUGCUUCGAAGGGCCCAUGGAAACAGGAACUUACUUUUCCACAGAAGGAGGAUACGUCAUUCUAGAUGAGUCUUUCAAUAUUGGGUUGAAGUUUGAAAUUGCAUUUGAAGUCCGUCCCAGAAGCAGUUCCGGGAUCCUUGUCCAUGGCCACAGUGUCAAUGGGGAGUACCUCAAUGUCCACAUGAGAAAUGGGCAGGUCAUAGUGAAAGUCAAUAAUGGCAUCAGAAAUUUUUCCACCUCGGUAACACCCAAGCAGAGCCUGUGUGAUGGCAGAUGGCACAGAAUUACAGUUAUUAGAGAUUCCAAUGUGGUUCAACUGGAUGUGGACUCGGAAGUGAACCAUGUGGUUGGACCUCUGAAUCCAAAACCCGUUGAUCAAAGGGAGCCUGUGUUUGUUGGAGGUGUUCCAGAGUCUCUACUGACACCACACCUGGCCCCCAGCAAGCCCUUCAUGGGCUGCAUCCGCCACUUUGUGAUUGACGGGCGCCCAGUGAGUUUCAGCAAAGCAGCCCUGGUCAGUGGCGCCGUCAGCGUCAACUCUUGCCCGGCAGCCUGACAUGACAAAGCACAGCCCGGCUCAAGCACAGAGUUCUCCAGAGCACUGAAAUGAACGCAAAGCCAGCCAGGAGGAGCCAUGACUCUUGCUUCUGCUGGAAGCCUCCACCUGGUUGAACAGGACUUAAACAUCAGGGACUCAUUCAGAUCCUACCUUGGAUCCAACAUGUCUGCAGUGGACAACAGUUGAAGGAGUGGAAAGCAUACUUGUGUUGAGAACACACUUAAUUCCUACUGGUUAAAUUACUGUUUCUGUUUCUAAUAAAAUAGAAGGAAUUCUAAAUAAACACUGGCACACAUUUCUAAAGUG